AUGAAUGAGUCUUGGCCUCGGAGGGUCCCCCCUGACCAGUCAUCAGGGAGCGGGCACACCUUGGGCACCUCUCGCCUACCCUACAUCAUCGACCCCAUCCCAUCUAAGAGGGUCUGCUUCUACAAAAGCGGGGACCCUCAGUUCAAUGGGCUGCGCAUGGUCAUCAACAACCGCACCUUUAAAACAUUCGAUGCCCUCCUGGACAGCCUGUCCAAAAAGGUCCCGCUGCCAUUUGGCGUGAGGAAUAUCACCACCCCGCGGGGCAUCCAUGCUGUUCACACCUUGGAUGAACUUGAAGAUGGCAAGGCCUACAUCUGCUCUGAUAGUCGUAAGGUAAAACCCAUCAACCUGACACUGGCCAGGAGGAAGCUGACACCUUGGUACUAUGCCAGGCCCACAACCGCCCGCAGUAGGACUGGGCUGUACCCUGGCCGGGGCAAGCACAAACAAGAUCGUGUACGAGUCCGCACGCCAAAGAGGCUCACGGUUUUCCGCAACGGCGACCCCUCUGUUAAACACACUGUGAUACUUCGGAAGAGGACAAUGCCCACCUUUGACUCUCUGUUGGAUUACAUCUCUGACUUGAUGCAGUUCCAUGUGUUGAAACUGCACAUGCCUGACGGGAGACGUGUGGACGGCCUCCCAGCUUUGAUACUGUGCUCUGGGACUGUGGUGGCGGCAGGCAGGGAGCCUUUCAAGCCUGGAAACUACAGUGCACAGAGAUCGUCUGUUGAAACACGGUUAUCCAGCAAGCGGAUGGGUCCUAAAAAACUGAAGCCAGUUCACCGUAAGUCUAUUAGAUACUUUGUGAAUCAGAUACAAAACUCCAUUACGGAAAGCGUAUGCGACUUCCCCAGUAACCCCACAGACUCUGUUGAGUUGGAUGUAGGUCACAUGCUGGAGUCAGUAGCAGAAACGGAGGGGGACACCUGCCCUGGGGAUGGAGCUGGAGGACAGGAAAUUUGUCUGCCUAGUGAGGAUGAUAUCGAGAAGUCUUUUCGGGUGAACCAGGAUGGCAGCAUGACAGUGGAAAUGAAGGUUCGCCUGACUAUUAAGGAAGAAGAAACUGUCCACUGGACAACCACCCUGACCAGGUCCAACGUAGCCAAUCAGCUCAACACAAUGUGCUUGCCAGAGCCUGAGCCUGCAUCUCAGCCUCAAACUCAGCCGGACCAGGACAAUAGCUCUGCUGAAUCCAAACCACAGGAUCCACAAGACUCUGCUGCUUCCAUCAACAACGUCUACAGGGACAGAUCUAAAGAUGAUGAUGAUGAUGAUGAGCCACCAUCAUUGGAUAAUAGACUCACCAUCGAGGAGAGGAAUGAAGAGGAUCCUGUGAAGGCGCAGAUGGUUAUGAUGUCUCCGAGGAGGGUUCCCAACCCAGGCCCCUGGACAUUUGGAAAGAAACAGGCCUCGAUGGAAAGCAUAAAAUCAUUGUCCACACAAGCGAUAAAAGAAGGCAUCACUGGUUCAUACUCCUACAGAGAAGAGACAGAAACCAUAGCAGUGACAGAGCAGUACCGCAUGAUCAAACAGACUAGCACCAGGCCAGUGCCCAAACCCAGAAGACUUGCCUCUGUGGAUGUUAACGACAAAAACAAUAGGAAUAUAUCGUCAUUCAAGUCAGCAGGAAUGAGUGAGAUCCUACAGAUUGAAGACACCGGGGAGGAGGUCACCGAAACUGUGUUACACAUAUAUGAACAACAGACCUGCCAGGAAAAUUUCCAUGCCAACAGUCACUGUUAUACACAGGGUUUCAAGUACGGUCCUGAGCUGCACGAUGGGAAUAAAGGGGAAAAGACAGAUUGUGAUGACAUUACAAAAACACCAACAUUGAAAUCCCUGACAGAGGCACAAAUAAUGCCAAAGCCAAAUCUGGGAAACCAGCCAACCAUUAAACCAAUGCUCGAAAAAAUCUGUUACUCAAUAAAGGCAAUCAGACAAAUCACACAGAGUAAGCGUCCAUCAUGUCUCCAGAAGUCCAACAGCUUGCCGGACUUUUCCUCUCAUGUAGCGUCUACAUUUGGCUCGUCAACAAAAGCCCUCCUUGCCUUCUUGUCUGUUAUGACCUUAAAGGAAAGCAUAACAAACCUCGGUAGACAUGAACUAAAUGCUAACAAUGUGAGCUGUGCUGAGGCUUUAAAAAUGAUAGACUCCCUCAGAGAAAUAGCGAGUAUUGAGGAUUCUGAUGAGCUGAGAAGUAGUCUAUCAGACUUGCAAAAGUCAACUUCGACACAACUUCUCCAGGGCUGGAGGGGCUUUCAGGAACUCAGUGACAAAUGCAAAAGUCCUUCCCCCGUGCCAAAUCCUUUAGAGCCAGAGGCUGUAUUCGAGGCCAACUCUGUGGAACACUGUGUAAUAGAUGAAAAUGUUAUUGAUGAGCUAAUGCAUGAAUUAGGACUACCUGAGCAGCUGCAGGAGGAAUUGGCUGCUCUUCCUGAGAGUAAAACAACUGAGAGUGACAACAAAGAAAAAAUGGCUGCCAAAAUUAUUGAAAAAGUUGAAUUGCCACCAGAGGAAAGAGUUAAUGCCAAGUUCCCCCCUCUCCCUGAGGAAGGAGCCAUUAAAGUCAGUGGCUGUGAUCAAAGUGACAAAGCCCAUUUUGAAGAAAAGUCCACGAUUAAGCAAUUAGCAAACAUUAGCAAACCUGAAGAGUCCAGUUCAGGCAGUCUUUCACUGAGUAUAGAGACACAUCAAAAACAGCUGAACUUAUCCAGUGAACAAAAAGAGGUUUGCCAGGCUGCCAUAGAGAGAGACUUUAAAUCCAAGCAGGAUAGUUUAGAGGAGAAGCAUGAAACAACAUAUCCACCAAAUGACCAAAACCAAACAUCUGAAGAAAGAAGCCUUGACAGUGCUGUUUUGCUGGACUGUGCUGAAGGCAAAGAGAACAUUGAAGACGUGGAGUCAUGCAGCGAUGUGGAGAAUGAAGGAAAUCAGGUGGUGGAGCAAGGAAAGGAAGGCAUACAUGAGGUCAAAUCGAACCGACAGAAACCGCACGUCACAUAUAUGGAUGUAAAAGUUAGCCACGAGAAAAGUCUUGGGGAAGAUAGUUUAAAUUCGAAGGGUAAAAAGUCAGAAGUGACAUUAGAGACAGAUAGUGGGGAAAGCAUUUCCAUCCCUGAGGAGAAGCUCGCCCUGGAUGAUGAGACCUGUUCAGGUAUAGAAGGGAAGAACAAGUUUUGUGCCAAGAAAUAUCUAGACCAAAAACCUAGCUGUCAGAAAAACACUCUUCAUUCUGGAUUUGAGCAACAAUCCGGUUCAGAUGAGGAGGAACCACAGGUUGAACAUAAGGAGUUGCAGCAGCUGAGUGACAAUAACAUCUUGGCUCACUCUGAAAGCCCCUCCGAGUCAGAGGUGGAAAAGGACAAGCAGGCCAAUGUUCAUUACUGUGACAGAUUAAACACAAGCAUUGAAAAAAGCCUGGAUACGGAGGACCGGUCCAGCUCUGAAGAAAAUCAGACAGAGGGUGACUGCGAGAAGCUGCAGGACACAGACAGCAAAGAUGCAUCAGCAGUUCUUACAUGUCAGUCUAACUUAGAGAAGGGACAGAACAAGCAGCCAAUCACCAACUGUAUGAGAUUAAAUAUUAGCAGUGACAACAGCACAUCCAGCCCAGAUGUUGAAGAGCUGUCUACUUCAGAGGAAGGACAACCAGAAGCUGAAUGUAUGGAACAAGAGGCAGCUAUGGCAGACAUUUUGUCUGGACCUCAGGAAGUCCAGGAUAGUAUGGAUGAGGAGCAAAAAGCUCAUAUUAAUGAUCUUACAAUGGAACAUUUGAAAAACUAUACAAAGCAACAGAUUAGCAAAGCAGAUACAGAAAAUACAUCUGAGGAAGACAAGUAUAGUUUUGACAUAGAUGAAGAUAGCGGAAAUGACCUCAGAAGCUGUGAAGAACCUGCUGAUGAGGGAGAACAAGCCAAAGCUGAACAUGAUCAGUGCACCUCAAUUGAGGAGGAAUUAAGCUAUGAGGAGCGAGACUCCAGCUCAGAGGAAGAGCAUGCUAGCAUGACAGGAUAUGUAGAGGAGCACACCACAGGUUCAAAGUCUGAUGUGGAGGGCAAAGGAAAUUCUGCUGUGACGAAGUGCACCUACUUUUCUCUUCCCCAUGCCAGUGACUCGGACGUGUGUCAGGAUGACCUGAGCACUGUGAGUAAGAGCAGUGCACGUGGCGACAGCAGUGUAGAAAGAACAGAAGAUUCAGAGGAAACCAAAAAGCAAGCAGCGAGGAGUAGUGCGCCGCACGGCUUCACUGUUGCUGACCUGAAGAUGCUUGAUAACAAAGUACACCCACUGAUAGAGGGUCCCCCUGAUGGCGAGGCUGUUGUGGUGCAGCCCAGGAAAGGUCACGGGGUCGUCACCAGAAGGCCGCAGGAGCCAGAUGUAUUGGAUAUACUGUACACAUUUUGUGGUCAGCACUGUCCCAUCCUGUGA